AUGGCUACAAAAGCACACUACACCAAUCCGGAUCGCACUCAUAGUGGCUCAUCUCAGGAGGAGAUUCGCAACGAGCCAGACUGGGCACAAACUAAUCAUGAUCGAAUCGGAUUCCGGACCAACGACGAUCGUCAUCGGGGAUUCACACACGCAGGUGAUGAUACUUGGGAUGUUGAGGAACAACGUGAAUUCCUGGCAUGGGCCAAGAAGGAGUCUGAGCAGCUGCGACAGGAAAUUCAGGAGCAUCAACUCGUCAAUGUGCGCGAGUUCAUGUCCAAACAGGAGGAUUAUCAUUUGAGGUUUCCUGAGAAUCAUCCGCGAGGCUGGCGGUAUGUGCUGGAUACAACGGAGGACUUUAUUAAAUACAAGCAAGACUGGCCGGUGAAUGUGAAGAAGCGCCAGAAAGAAGAGGAGGAAAAGGAGAAGAAACAAAAAGAAAAAGAAGCAGCGAGCAAUGAGCAGAGUCCAGAGCCGAAAAAGGAACAUGAGUGGCGCAGAGGUCGUGGCGAGAAUGAGACUCACCACGAUGCUCAUGCAGUUGAUUCGGACGAUGAGCAGAAGAACAAUGAGAACAAGGACCAAAACGACAAGAAAGAGAGACUCGAGGAAAAGUACUCGCCACAAGAGUUGGCUCUGCUGCGCCUCUUACAGUCGGAAAGUGAAUUGAUGCAAAACAUCAAGCAAAAUGAUGGUAGUGCAAAAUCCCCCGUCAAGUCGAGCGAAGAUCAAGACUUGUCGAUUGACGAAGCCGAUCAAUUCACGCCCGACAAUUGGAUUCCACGAUCCCCUCACCUGAUUCGACUUACAGGGAAACAUCCUCUGAACGGCGAGCCCGAACUGACCGCACUGUUCAAGGCUGGAAUGAUCACGCCGAACCAGCUCCAUUAUGUUCGUAACCACGGACCGGUGCCACAUCUACGAUGGGAAACCCACAGCAUCGACGUUGCCGAUGGCAAGCUCACCUUGUCGAUGGAAGAUCUGCAGAACAACUUUUCCGCGAUUAACAUCGCAGUGGCUCUCGCCUGUGAUGGCAAUCGGCGCAAAGAGCUCAACAUGAUUCGGAAAUCAAAGGGCUUCAGUUGGGGAGCCGGAGCGAUCAGUUGCGCUUUCUGGAAGGGACCACUGCUACGCGAUAUUCUUCUCGCAGCGGGGUUUGAAGAUGAGAGUAUUCGGAAAGACCAAGUUCGCCGCUGGGUCCAUUUCGAAGGCGCGGACGAGUUGAGCGAGGGUAAAUACGCCACGUCUAUUCCACUCGCAUAUGCCAUGGACCCUGAGAACGAUGUGAUCCUGGCCUACGAAAUGAAUGACACUCGACUUCCACCCGAUCAUGGGUAUCCAGUACGCUUGCUGAUUCCUGGCUUUGUCGGUGGUCGCUGUGUGAAAUGGCUGCGCCGGAUCUGGGUAUCUGAGAAGGAGAAUGACAGCUAUUAUCAUAUCUGGGAUAACCGAGUCGUGCCCAGCUUUAUUCGAGACAAGGAUUCCGAGUUUGCAAAGACCAUGUUUCACCAUCCCAGCACGGCUUGCAAUGAGCAGAACUUGAAUUCAAUCAUCGUCAAGCCCGAGCAUGGAGAAAAGAUCUCUCUCGCGGAUGUGAACGCCAAGCAGACAUAUCGGAUCGCCGGCAUUGCAUACGAUGGCGGUGGCCAUGAAGUUCAGCGAGUGGAAGUCAGCCUGGACGAUGGCAAGACGUGGUUGUACUGCGUGCGCGAGUUCCCUGAAUACCCUGUUCGUCACGGCAAAAAGUUCUGGACAUGGCUACAUUGGCACGUAGACGUGGGACUCUCCCAUUUAGUACGCGCACAGAGCAUCGUGGUUCGCUGCUUCAACGUGUUCAAAAACACUCAGCCUCGAGAGCCUUCUUGGAAUAUCAUGGGGAUGAUGAACAAUUGCUGGUACACGGUGCGACCAGAGAUAUUGCACGACGAAAGUCAAGAUACCAUCACACUUUAUUUCCGACAUCCCUGCGAGCCGGGCACAGGAAAGGGGGGCUGGAUGCAACCCUCGACAGAGAACCAGAUGGAACAGAUCAAGCACGAGGUUUCAUCGCCCCAGAAACAAUUCACCCGCGAAGAGAUCGAAAAUCACAACAAAGAAGAUGAUUGCUGGAUCAUCGUCAAUAACAAGGUCUACGAUGCUACAAGCGUGCUCGAUUGGCAUCCCGGUGGCAAGGCCACAAUUCUAGCCCACGCUGGUAAAGUCCAUGCUGAAACGACCGAAGCCUUUGAAAGUAUUCAUGACGAUUAUGCAGAGCAAAAAUUGAGUGAAUGUGUUCUGGGCGUGGUAACCGAAAAAGCCAAGGGCUUCAUCAAAAAGCAAGCCGAAGAAGCCGCCAAGGAAAAGGCAAAGUCUUCCGAACAAGGGUCGGAGACGGUGCUGAAUCGCCAUAGAUGGAGGGCCGUGAAAUUCGCUGGAAAAGAGACACUUUCUGAAGACACCAAUCGAUAUUCCUUCGUCCUGCCCGCGGGAACGAAGAAGUUGGGCUUGGCAACAUGUCAGCACCUUCAACUAGGGUUUCACUUUAGCGAUCGAUUGGUGGUGAGAGCGUAUACGCCCACUCGGCCCGUCUUUGAGAAAGAAGAAGAUGGAACGUUCGACCUCGUGGUCAAGACGUACAAGCCUGACAUGUCCCAACCAGGUGGAACGAUGAGCAAUAUUCUCGACUGUCUUGAACCCGGCGAAGAGAUUGAAAUCAAGGGUCCAACCGGAGAAAUCAAGUACAUGGGACAGGGCAAGUUUAUCAUCGAUCAAAAAGAGUAUCACUUUAGCAAAGUCAGUCUUGUACUGGGUGGGUCGGGUAUCACGCCGGGAUACCAGCUCAUUUGUCGCAUACUACGGGCCAGAGAACAAGGCGAGGCGGAGGAUUCGACUAUUUUGAAAGUCAUCGACGCUAACAAAACCGAGGGCGAUAUUCUCUUGAGGGAUGAACUGGAUCAGCUGGCUGAGAAACAUCCGAAACAACUUCAGAUCACGCAUAUUCUGUCGCACCCUGGCGAUAACUGGACUGGUGAAAAGGGGCACGUCUCCAAAGAUAUUUUGGAAAAGUACGCCUUUGGCCCUGAGAAAGACGCCGUGGCGUUGUUGUGUGGUCCUCCAACGAUGAUUCAAAAGGCGGUUCUUCCGGCGUUGAAAGAGAUGGGUUAUGAGGAAGAUGCGAAUGUAUUUGGGUUCUGA